AUCACCCGCUUCAAACACUCUUGAGACUUACAUCCAUUUUAUUAAAAAAUAUAUCAUUACGAUGAAGUAAGUUCAUUUGAAGUUUGCAAGGAACUCUUGCCACUAAAUUCCAAGGUGCAAACUUUUCAUUUUUCCAACUAUAAAUGAAAAAUAAGUAGAAAGGCAAGUGUUGUGAACACAAAGGAAUUGGAAGAAAUGGUGAAGUAACAUGCGCAUGGCUAACAAGAGUCAACCUAAUCCUCAACCGGAAAACAUAUUGAACUCUUGGUCACAAACAAUGCAUGACCAUUGAUCUUUCUUGUUGGUGGGUGAUAAUAAGCAAAUUGUGGGUUAAUCUUCACCAUUUGCCUCAUACACCUCUCUCUCACUAGACGAAUUUUGAGAUGAAACCUCCGAUAAAACUCUCCGCACCAAGCAUAACGACAGAUAGAUAAGUAAAAGUCUGUAUCUCCGCCACGAUAUAGGAAGAAAAGAAGAUGGAGGAGAAGAAGAACAACUAUUCAUGGUUGUUGUUGAUAUGGAGGAUGGUAAUUCUUCUUGUGCAACAUCCAAUUGGAGUUGGGGUGUUGAGCUUUGUGAUGGGCUUCCUGGCAAUCGAUCCUUUCAAGAUGGGGCCCAUUGGGGAGCACGAGUUUCGACCCGUGAGGCACGAGAUUGCGAGUUAUGAUGAAGUGAUGCAGCAUUGGCCAAAAGACAACGAGAGCCGACUUGGAAAGGAAGGCAAGCUGGAGUUUGUGGAUCAGGUAUUCGGGCCAGAAUCAUUGGAGUUCGAUGCCAAUGGAAACGGUCCUUACACCGGUCUAGCCGACGGUCGGAUCGUGAGAUGGAUGGGCGAUCAAAUUGGUUGGGAGACAUUUGCCGUCGUCACUAAUACAUGGACCGAGGAGGAGUGCGGGAGAGGAGUGGAGUCGACGACGGCGAAGCAAUGGAAGUACGAGAAGCAAUGCGGCCGGCCUUUGGGCCUGAGGUUCAACAAGGCAACGGGCGAGCUGUACAUUGCAGACGCCUAUUAUGGGCUUUUGAUGGUUGGGCCCAAAGGUGGAAUAGCUAGGCCCUUGGCUACGCACGAUGUGGGCGGGCAGCCCAUUCUGUUUGCUAAUGAUCUCGACAUCCACUCAAACGGCUCCGUUUUCUUCACAGACACUAGCAAACGAUACGACCGUGUGAGCCAUUUCUUCAUCUUAUUGGAAGGAGAAGCAACGGGCAGGCUUCUACGAUAUGAUCCUCCCACAAAUCAAACUCAUGUUGUGGUUGAUGGGCUAGCUUUCCCUAAUGGUGUCCAAUUGUCUCAUGACCAAACUUUCCUCCUCUUCACAGAGACCACUAAUUGCAGGCUAAUGAAGUACUGGUUGGAGGGACCAAAGGCUGGCUCGGUGGACCAUGUGGCCGACCUACCAGGCUUCCCAGAUAACGUUCGUGCCAACGACAAAGGGCAGUACUGGGUAGCCAUCGACUGCUGCAGAACUGCACCGCAAGAGGUGCUAACUCGGAACCCAUGGAUGAGGAGCGUCUACUUCCGGCUGCCUCUGAGGAUGAGCUUGUUGGCGAGGAUCAUGGGGAUGAAGAUGUACACCGUCAUCGCAUUGUUCGACGAGAAUGGCCGGAUCCUGGAGGUGAUGGAAGAUCCCAAGGGAAUGGUGAUGAAGCUUGUGAGUGAAGUUAGGGAAGUGAAUGGGAAGCUCUGGAUUGGCACCGUGGCUCAUAACCAUAUUGCUACGCUGUCGUAUAAUCCACCAGUAAGUAACUAAUCAGGAGGAAACUUGCAUUACAAAUCCGUUUGGAUGAAAAAUAAGAACUUUGGAAAUAG